AUGGAUAUUGUGAAUUUGGAUAGCUGUGUGGCCAAAGAGACAGCACUUCACGUGGCGGCCCGUUACGGACACACCAAUGCCGUGGCUCUCCUCUGCAGGUGCUGCACGGACGUCAACUUGCCGGAUGAGCAUGGAGAGACAGCCCUGCAUAUUGGCGUAUGGCACGGAUUUCCGAAAAUUGUGGAUACAUUGUGCAAUUUUGGAGCGAAAACUAAUCUCAGGAAUAAAGAAGAAGAAACGCCUCUUCAUUGCGCUGCAGCCAGGGGCCACACAGACUGCAUCAAGAGCCUUCUAGAAGCAGGCGUUGAUUUGAAUCUUGUCGACAAGUGUGAAAAUACAGCCCUGCAUUUGGCUAUGAGAAGACAUCAUGAAGCCGUUGCAUUUUUGCUGUUGCAAGCAGGAUGCCAAACUGAUGUUUUCGAUAAUCAAGGAGAAGGACCAAUCCAUAUUGCCUGUAGAGAUGGGUUAUUAUCACUGGCUAAGGCUCUGUGCGCGUCAGGAACUAAAGUAAAUGUGCCAAACAAGAUGGGAUUUUAUCCUAUUCACCUUGCUGCCAAAAAUGGACAUAUCGAAAUAGUGAGAACACUCUGCAUAGCUGGAUGUAUUGUGGACCAAAAGAAUAGAGAGGGAAUACCAGCAGAAAUAUCGGCUCUUGCUCAGGGCUAUAACGAUAUAGCAGAUAUUCUGAACAGAUUAAAAAAUGAGCAACAGAGAGAGGAUUAUAUCAAUCAAUUGACAGCAUCUGUUCAGCCAAUCACUCGUAUCCAGCUGAAAGUCCUCGGCCAUAGUGGUGUGGGCAAAACAUCUUUGUUGGACUCCCUCAAAUGUGGAUACUUUAGUUCCUGGUUUAGGAGAUCUAAGUCAAAUUCCUCGUCUUCUGUUGGCAGUGGAUGCGUUAAAAUGAGAAAUGGCACUCAUUCCAGUAAAUCCAGUAUUGAAUCUGACUACUGCACGUCUGAUGAACCUUGUUUAUCAUUCGAAACCAAUUUUGACAGCUAUACCCAUGGCAUUGAUAUACAUCAAGUCAAUAUCUCAG